GGCUCGGUGUGGGACUGUUCUGUUCUGUUCUGUUCUGUGAGCGGCGCGGGGCGGACACGGCCCGGCGAACAAUAACCCGCGGUUCGUUCCGCCCGUGCCCCGCGGGGUGCGGGACAGCGCCGCGGCACUCGCAGCGCUCCACGCGUGACAAGCCCGCGGGAGGGGCGGGACCGCCGUGACACCCGGCGGUGACCGCGGCGGGGCUUCCCCCUCGCCUCUUCUCGUCUCCUCUCCUCUCCCCACAGCGGUUCCUGCCGAAAUGCGGCGCCCCGCGCUGGCAUGAGCCCCCGGGCCGGGAAGAGCGCGCCCCGGGCACCGCCGCUUUCCCUGGCCAGGGCUCGGUGUCGCGAAGGAAGGGCUGUCGCCGGCCGUGGCCGCGGAGCCGCCGCUCGCAGCAGCGCCGGACGCGGGACGGACGGUUUAGCACACUGGAAGCAUGGCUACAAGUGCUGUUCCCAGCGAAAACCUCCCCACAUACAAGCUGGUGGUUGUUGGAGAUGGUGGUGUGGGGAAGAGUGCUCUCACCAUUCAGUUUUUCCAGAAGAUUUUCGUGCCGGAUUACGACCCAACUAUUGAAGACUCCUACCUGAAGCACACAGAAAUAGAUGGGCAGUGGGCAAUUCUUGAUGUCCUGGACACUGCGGGCCAGGAGGAGUUCAGUGCAAUGCGGGAGCAGUACAUGAGGACUGGAGAUGGUUUCCUCAUAGUCUACUCGGUGACAGACAAGGCGAGCUUCGAGCACGUGGACCGGUUCCACCAGCUGAUCCUCCGAGUCAAGGACAGAGAGUCCUUUCCAAUGAUUUUGGUGGCAAACAAAGUUGAUCUAAUGCAUUUACGGAAAAUUACAAGAGAACAGGGAAGAGAAAUGGCAACAAAACAUAAUAUUCCCUAUAUAGAAACUAGUGCCAAGGACCCACCUCUGAACGUUGACAAGGCCUUCCAUGAUCUCGUGAGGGUUAUAAGGCAACAGAUCCCAGAGAAAAGCCAGAAGAAGAAGAAAAAGACCAAAUGGCGAGGGGAUAGAGCCACGGGCUCCCACAAACUCCAGUGUGUGAUUUUGUGACGGGACACCCUGUGAGUGCCUUGGACACCUCCCUCCUCCCCCCUUGACCCACCGCCAGCCCAGGCGAGGAGCAGCAGUGUGGUGCCAGCGCGGCCCCAUCACCCCCUCGGGGUCCCUACGGCAGCUCAGACUUGGAGGAGGCGGCUCGGAGGGUCCGGACAUCCCCCCGAGGGGGCUGCACCUCAGGGCCAGUGUGGGAGCCGCACGAAUGGGAGGCGGAAGGGAUCAGCAGGACCUCGACUGUCGAACAUCCCCAGCGCCUUCCAGGGGCCUCCAUGAUGUUUAUUAAAAAAAAAAAAAAAAAAAAAAAGGAAGAAGAAAAAAAAAAGAAAAAAAAAGUGUUGGUUUUAUCUGCAAAACAUUUCUCCUUGUGACCCAUUUCUGAACAGCCAUGAAUAGCCCCCCUGUUUGGUACAGUCAUCUGUGUAUGUGUGGGGGAAGGGAAAGGGCUUUUCUUUCUCUAAUUUUUUUUUGUCCUCUUCUUCUUUCUCGUUUUUUGCUCAGUGAGUGUUGGGUUGCAAAGAAACAAUGGCCAGGGUUAGAUUUUUUGCACUGAACUCUCUCUUGGGCGGCAGUGCCAAAACACAACUUCAUAUGAAAGUGCAUAGAUUUGGAGGAAGAAAAUUAAUUCCAGCUGCUCUGGGUGCUCCAGACAUUGUGUCAGACUCUGGAGGGCUGCCAGCUCACAGACCAUAAACUCCAGCUUAGGAAAGGAGGUUUGGACUCGGAUUAUAUUUUUUUUUCUUACCCUUUGUCAAGAGGUUUUGUUUCUGUUUUGUAACUUGGGCCAUGUCAAACUUAAGGUGUUUUGUUAACCUGGAAGUAUUUAAAUUAAAGUAAUUUACAAAUGGAA